AUGGCUAACUUGAAGAACCUAUUAGCUAUGUUUGCUCUCGUGAUGUUCCUGUCACAGCUUUGCGUCCAUGGUGUCUCCGUCUCCGUGGGCAGCAGCGCGAACGUUACUACGGAGACCAAACAUCUUCGCGGCAGGUGCCACAUCAGUGGCUUCCUGCAUGGCAAAUCCGGCGACUGCAACAGGGAUCACGGCUCGGUCUGCUGUAAAGACGGUCACCGCUACCCGCAAUUCAGGUGCUCGCCCCCGGUGUCGGCCGACACACCGGAGAUCCUAACUCUUAACAGCUUCGCACGAGGUGGAGACGGCGGCGGCAAAUCGUUCUGCGACAACUGCUUCCAUAAGGACACCGAGCUGGUGGUGGCGCUGUCCACGGGGUGGUUGCGCUUGGACGGCAAGCGCAGGUGCAACAAGAUGAUCCGCAUCAACGGGAACGGGCGUGCCGUGCUGGCCAAGGUCGUCGACGAGUGCGACUCGGUGUACGGCUGCGACGCCGAGCACAACUUCGAGCCACCGUGCCCAUACAAUGACGUAGACGCAUCACCGGCCGUGUGGAAGGCGCUAGGGCUCAAGGUGGAGAUUGGAGUGUUCAAGAUCACUUGGUCUGAUCUCCGUGUCCAUGGUAUCUCCGUGUCCGUGGGCAGCAGCGCGAACAUUGCUACAGAGACCAAACAUCUUCGCGGCAGUUGCCACAUCAGUGGCUUCCUGCAUGGAAAAUCCGGCGACUACAACAGGGAUCACGACUCGGUCUGCUGUAAAGACGGUGACCGCUACCCGCAAUUCAGGUGCUCGCCCCCGGUGUCGGCCGACACGCCGGCGAUCCUAAGUCUGAACAGCUUCGCACGAGGAGGAGACGGCGGCGGCAAAUCGUUCUGCGACAACCGCUUCCACAAGGACACUGAGCUGGUGGUGGCGCUGUCCACGGGGAUGUUCAACGGCAAGCGUAGGUGCAACAAGAUGAUCCACAUCAAUGGGAACGGGCGUGCCGUACUGUCCAAGGUCGUCGACGAGUGCGACUCGGUGUAUGGCUGCGACACCGAGCACAACUUCGAGCCACUGUGCCCAUACAACGACGUAGACGCAUCACCGGCCGUGUGGAAGGCGCUGGGGCUCAAGGAGGAGAUUGGAGUGUUCAAGAUCACUUGA